UCUCAGUUGAACAAACUGAGAGUUGGCAGGAGAGGACAAAAAUAGAAAUUUGGAUAAAGAAAAUAAGAAAGAAUAUCUUGAAGGAGCCUGAAGGACAGCCAUCAGCCACCCAAGGACGUCAAAAUGAGUGACAAUACCUCUUUGGUCCCCCCAGCUUUAAACCAGGGUCCCACCACUCCACGCAAAGGGCCCCCCAAGUUCAAGCAGAGGCAGACUCGCCAAUUCAAGAGCAAGCCUCCUACAAAAGGUGUGAAAGGGUUUGGAGAUGACAUUCCGGGCAUGGAAGGGCUGGGGACAGAUAUCACAGUGAUCUGCCCCUGGGAGGCAUUCAGCCACCUGGAAUUGCAUGAGCUUGCUCAGUUUGGGAUCAUCUGAGGCACUAGGGGUUCUGCCACUCUCAACAGCAUCUGCUGUAACUUUGAUUGCUUUUGCCCUGUUGAUUUUGCCCUAUUGAGUCUUGAAGCUCAGUCUUGUUCGGAAGUGGUUUCUUUGACUUACAGUCAUUUCCUGUAAGUAACUACUAAGAGUUCUCUGAAUAUCAGACUCUCUCAUACAGUAUAUUUUAGCUCAGAAUAAUGCGUGAAAAUCAAAUUUAGUUAGGGCAUUUUAAACUCUACCACCUUUUCCUAUCAGCUGGUGAGAAGUAAUCAAUAUUGCUCUAAAUUUUGUUUAUUUAUUAAGUUGUUCAAAUCUGUUUUUUGCUAGGCAUUCUUCAUGAUUAGUAGUAGGCUUUAAAAAUCUCAUGUCACUCUCCUUCCUUUCUCAUUUAAUAAAAAAGAUAUUUACCUUGA